CUCGCCCGUCACGUCUCGGAAAAGCCUCGCCGAACUCCGGAACAGAAAGCUUCCCCCAGAAAAUCCCAUCUCACGGCGAUGGCCCCCGCCGCCGCCGCGAAGCUCUCCGUCUCCGGCGCCGCCCUCGCGGCGCUGCUCGCCUGCUGCGGCUCGGCCGACGGCGACUCCGACGGGCUCCUCUUCGGCGUGGCUAGCCGCGCAGCCGCGGCUCCCCCGUCCUUCUACGACGACGACGACGACGACCAGGCCCGCGCCUCCUCGGGCCCCUCCCUCUCCAUCUCCGUCGUGGGGCACGCCUCGGUCGCGCAGCCUUCCUCCCUCGCCGAUCCGCUCGGCCGCUUCACCAGGUCGUCCUACUCCCCCGACCCCUCCGCCGCCAUCGGCUUCUUCUCCUCCUCCCGCCGCCGCUCGCCGCUGCGCCCCUCCAUGCGCGAGGCCGCCCUCGCGCGCUCCCUCUCGAAGACCCUGGUGCUCGCCCACCCGCUCGUCUUCCUCCUCGUGGCACCAUCCUCCUCCGCCGCUGGCCUCUCCGUUCACUCGUUCGACUACCGUGCGUUCCUCCUCGUUGACUCCCGCCUUGUGCCGGCCUCCCUCAGCGUCGUCAACGCUGGGCCCGGAUUCAGGGAGCAGUACCACGCCUUCGCGCCGGAGUCGCCGUUGCCGUCGCUGCCGGAGCAGCCUGUAAAGCAGGGUUACAGCAUUGGUGAGCAGAAGGCGCUUGAUGGGAUGGUAGAAGGGUUCGGGCUGGAGAGGGUAGGGGCAAUGGUGACCUCGGCCUCUGCGCUGACCUCCGAAAUGGAGGAGAUGUACAGUGGGAUGCUAAGGAAGCUGGAGGGGCUUGCUCGGCAGGUUGAGCGGACCAACGAACGCGUGCUCGAUCAGGAAAAACAGAAUACAUUGCUCAGGAAAAAGGUUGCUGGAUUGAAAUAAGGACAGUGAUUUGUUCUCAGCAACAACAAGUGUGCAUUGGUUAUAAGAAAAGUUGGGAGCUAUGAGCCUUGAGUAUAAUCUCGAGCCGAAGAAGCUGCUUUCAGGGCUGACAAUCCUGUUCUCGCUCCUCGUUGUAAACAGAUUCGAUGGUAGACACCAAGAAAGAAAUUGUGGAAACAUUUGUGUAAAUCUAAAAAGACGAGGCGCACACGUUAUCGUUUUUGAAACUGCCAUCUUAAUGGCUGAAGUAUACUACACUCCUGUAUUAUCUUUUGUGGCAUUCAGCGAAUCAAAUUCGUUCCAUAUUCUA